AUUGGCAAGAGGAAGCCAACUGCAAUACUAAAAAGUGCAACGGAAGAACCAAAGUCACUAUGACAGAAGACAUGUCAGCCAAAGGGGAGUCGAGCUCAACCUCCGUUGAGGUCAAUACUGCUCUGCUGAAAUCCAUUAAAGGAGGCCUGAAGAUUGCAGAAAUUGUUGUUGUUUUUGUGGCUUUCCUGUGCUAUGCAGUGGCCUCCAGACCUCCCUACAUCGCUGCCUCUCUGAUGGAGCUCCUGAUCACCACUGGCCUUCUGCUGCUCUAUCUCUUCAAACUCAACAAGACCAUCACUCUCUUCUUCUGGCCUCUCAUUGAUGUGUUGAACUCAUUCUUUGCAUCGGUGUUCAUGUUCAUCCUCAGUGUAGUGGCUCUCUCCACGGACUCACUCACAGCCACUGUGGUCGGAGCGAUUGUGGGGUUCAUAUGUGCAAUUCUAUGGGGAGUUGAUGGAUUCCUAUUAUUCAGGAAAAUCACCUUCAAUCAAAGGAGGACCUAAAGGACACAGGCUACUGUAUUUCACAUUGUGUAAUUCCCUGGAUGAUAGGAUCAAUAUCAUCAUGCUGUAAUGGGAGGUCUUGCUUGCAUUUUAAUGUUGAAAGCAUUAUUCCAAAGAGAAGAUACCUCAAUUUGGACAUGGGCUGUUUUAAAAAGCUGUACUUACAAAUGCGUGCAUUUUAUCCACUUGUAAUUUAUGCCUGGGAGGAACUAGUGACCUGCUGGUAGACUGCUGACCACCCUAGCCUGAAGGCUUCCAUGUCCAUGCAUUGUUUAGUUAAAGGGUUUGGGGUUAAUAACCUAUUGUUAUUAUUAAUGGAUGCCUCCUCGGCGCUUAUAAUAAAGCCUGUGCAUUAAUCUUC